GGCCUACUUAGAUCUUUGAGCUAAAAUACUCUGAAACUUUGAUAGGGUGAUAAAAACGUCUGUUGCGUAUUUUAAUACCAUUGAAGCUUUGCCUUACAGAUAUCUAUCUAAUUCAGCAUUGCAGAGUGGCAUUUUGAAAACUUUCUUAUUUAAAAGCACAUUUAAAAUACAAACAUGGUCGGAAUUAUCAAUAGUAGUCUGGAUCUCCUUAAUAAUACAAGUCAACUUUCUUCCCAGUCAUCAAGUUUUCAUGAACACCAUAUCAUUUGUACUGCAAGAAAGCCUUACAAAUGUGACCACUGUAAUAAAUGUUUUUCUAGGCUUGGCACAUUAAGCAUACAUCUUAGAAUUCAUUCAGGAAUAAAACCUUAUAUAUGUAAUGAAUGUGGCAAAUGUUUCACACAGACAAAUCAUUUAAGGAGACAUGAACAAAUUCAUACAGGAGUAAAGACUUUUAAUUGUGACAAAUGUGGAAAAUAUUUCAGACAGCAAAUCAGUUUACAAAGACACCAUAAAGUCCAUACAGGAGAAAAACCUUACAAGUGUGGCAAAUGUGGUAAGUGUUUUGCAGAUAGUGGCUCAUUUAAAAGACACCAUAGAGUCCAUACAGGAGAAAAGCCUUAUAAGUGUGACAUAUGUGGUAAAUGUUUCACACGAACUUGUAAUUUGCAGAGACACAGAGAAAUUCAUACAGGCGAAAAGCCUUACAUGUGUUAUCAGUGUGGUAAUUGUUAUAACCAGCUUGGCAUUUUACAGAGGCACUUAAAAAUUCAUACAGGAGCAACAGCUUGCAAGUGUGACUUUUGUGGUAAAUGUUUCAUAAAACUCAACCAAUUUAAGAAACACCUUAUAUUUCAUACAAGAGAAAAACUGUACAUGUGCAACAAGUGUGGUAAAUGUUUUAAAUCAUGUUACGGAUUACAGAGACACCUUACAACUCAUGCAGAAGUAAAGCCUUACAAGUGUGACAACUGUAAUAAGUGUUUCAAACAGCUCCCUCAUUUACAGAGACAUUAUACAGUCCAUACAGGAGAAAAGCCUUACAUGUGUAAGAAAUGUGGUAAAUGUUUUAGAGCAAGUAAUUCAUUACAUAAUCACUUUAGAAUUCAUACAGGAGAAAAGCCUUACAUGUGUAAGAAAUGUGGUAAAUGUUUUAAAGUUAUUGGUCACUUGAUGAGACACCAUAGCAGAAUUCACACAUGAAAAAAACCUAAGUGUGAACAGUAAAGUAAAGGUUUUAAACAGACACCACCAUAAAAUUUACACUUGAGAAAAGCCUUAUUAGUGGUAAAUGGUACUUUCAAAGUACAUCACAGAACCACCUCUGAAUUCAUACAGGAGAAAAGCCUUGCAAAUGUGAUAGUUAUGAUAAAUAUUUUAUAAUCAGAGACACUUUACUGAAGCACUUUACACACAUUGUAAAUGUUACACCUUUACAUAAGCACCAUAGAUUUUUUUUUCUUCAGGCCUUUACUAUUUAUUUAACCAUCAAAGAACCUGUGAAUAAAAUAUUUCCUUGAACAUCUCUUUCAAAUGUGUGUCACUUGUAGUGUAGGAUCAUCUGGUCUGUUCUGUUUGUAUAGUGGAUGGCCUGUUUUUAUAAAACAUUGUUAACAUUUUAUUUCUUGUUGACUGUUAACAUU